AUGGAUUUUUCAAUUUCACAAUUUACCGGCGAAAGCAGGUUGCCAGAGCCCACAACGUCGCCCCUAGCCCUAGUGAAAAAUGAUUUUUCUACCUCCGCUCAAUCAGAUAAUGUGGGUGCCUAUCCAACCACUUCGGAUGCCUCUGAAAUGUUCAGACAUGUACAGCCGAACGUGUACGCAAACAUUGUGUCCGGUUACCCCAGUGAUGGAUUUUCUCGACCGUGUUUCCCGUAUGCUCAUAUAAACCCUAUCAUCGAUCCCAAUAUGAUAGGUGCCUCAGAAGGCAUCCAAUUCUUCCCUUAUAUUGGAGCAGUCCACCAAGAUGAGGCCCUAAAGUCGGCCGGUCAGCGGUCCUUUGAAGUCACAUGUCUCUCCUCUCAAGCAGACGCCCAAUUGGUCGAUCAGAUUGUCUCCCCGUCGAUGGCUAACGAUCCUAGCCAGGCGGAAACGGUGAGAAAUUAUGGACGGGAGGGUGAUUCGAGUGAUCAGCGUUGUUAUUUUUCGAGCGACAACCAGGACUACGCAACCGAUAGCGGAUCAGCCACCAACUUGGAAGACCAAGGACUCGGCCCUUACAAAUUUGAGACGUUGAAUAAUUUCAAAGAUAACGACGAAAGCGAGACGCUUAGUGGACGAUUAGACGAUGGGCUGACUGAAUGGACCGAGGCGUCCGCCAUACCAAUCACAUCAGCAGAUGGAAUGAUCAAUCCUACGGACGGUUCUACGGCUCCGGCUACUCAAACAUUUCCCUCCACCGAGCAUGAUGGCCUUCUGGAUUGCUCCAGUAGGAGUUCAACGUCUAAGAACUACGAUGGAAAUGACUACAGCUCUGUGGAACAGAGCAUGACUAUGUCCCAACAACAGAGUCAUUUCCAAAUGUUCCAGGAUCCCUCUACAGCAUAUUCCACCCACGGAAUGGUAAUGACCAUGGAUCAGCAGCCACAAUUUCCCCCAAACGUAACUUGUUCGCAGCCAACGUUGAUGCCUUCGAUGUUGCCUUACCAGUGUCUACCCGCUGGUUUUACAACCACGGAUCCUAACGCAACAAUGGACAGUCUGGCGUCGCAUAAUUUUGUCUUCUGCGGCCAAGGUGGUUCAGCGAUGGUUACUGGACUUAAUCCCUACGCUUCUGAGUUGACGACACCUCAGGCUUUGGGCCUAACCUCGGAAGGUUCCGAGUGUUCUAUCGACAAGGAACAUUAUGCACACACCGACACGAGGGUGGCGAACUCCUGGACAGGCCUUCGGAAGGGUGUCAUGGUGAAUAGUCUUGGCACGCACCCUCACGGCGAUCUACGACUCACCCAGGUGCCCGACACGGAUGAGCUGAACACGAAGGAGCUUGCGCAACGCGUCAGCGCCGAGUUGAAGCGCUACAGCAUUCCCCAGGCGGUGUUCGCGCAGCGAGUCCUCUGCCGCAGCCAAGGCACGCUCUCCGACCUCCUCAGGAACCCAAAACCCUGGAGCAAGUUGAAGUCGGGUCGAGAGACGUUCCGUCGCAUGUGGAAGUGGCUCCAGGAACCAGAGUACCAACGGAUGUCUGCACUCAGACUCGCCGGAAAGUACCUACAGAACACAAGUGAGGAAGUUUGGCCGCGUUCUAGGGUGUGGGCGGUUACCUAA